AUGGUCUGCCGGCUCAACAAGUCUCUCUACGGUCUCAAGCAGGCCCCUCGGGCAUGGCACUCUCGGAUUGCUGCUUUCUUGGUGACACUGGGGUUUGUGGAGGCCAAGUCAGAUACGUCCCUAUUUAUCUACCACCAUGGAGCCGAGACUGCGUACCUGCUGCUCUAUGUUGAUGACAUUGUGCUCACAGCUUCCAGUCCUUCACUUCUGCGCCGCAUCAUCAGUGCUCUUCAGCUGGAGUUCCCUCUGAAGGAUCUGGGUGUCCUCCAUCACUUUCUUGGCGUCACUGUUGAGCCUCGUCCCACUGGGCUUCUUCUACACCAGCGGCAGUACACUCUUGAUAUCCUGGAGCGAGCAGGGAUGACUGGCUGCAAGCCCUGCCCCACUCCGGUUGACACUCAGGGCAAGCUGUCAGAGGCCGAGGGUAGUCUAGUUGCAGAUCCCACUGCGUACCGGAAUCUUGCUGGUGCCCUUCAGUACCUCACUUUCACCAGGCCAGACAUCACAUACGCCGUGCAGCAGGUCUGUCUCCACAUGCAUGAUCCUCGAGAGCCCCACCUGACUGCUCUCAAGUGCCUUCUCCGCUACCUCCGCGGCACCGUCGACUACGGGUUGCUUCUUCACCGGUCUCCCUCCAGCGAGCUGGUCGUCUACAUUGACGCUGACUGGGCCGGGUGCCCGGACACUCGGCGCUCUACCUCCGGCUACGCCGUCUUCUUAGGCGGCAACCUCGUGUCCUGGUCGUCCAAGCGUCAGCUGGUUGUCUCCCGCUCCAGUGCCGAGGCGGAGUACCGCGCUGUUGCUAACGGCGUGGCUGAGGCUUCCUGGCUCCGGCAGCUCCUCGCCGAGCUUCACAGCCCCCUCUCCAGGAGCACGCUGGUCUACUACGACAACGUCAGUGUGGUGUACCUCUCCACCAACCCGGAGAAAAAAAUGCUGGGAAAGUAUCUCAAUUUCAGAACUGAAGGCUGA